CCCUCUGUUUCCCAGUGGACAAAUGUGGACGUAAAAAAAUAUUUUAACAAAUCCUACAUCUGGUUGGCUGUUUACUCCCUCAUAUACUUAGACACACAGAGAAUCGACUCCAAAAUGGAAAAGUCUGCUGGGGGCUAAGCAAGCUUUCUUUGGCUCGUUUUUCAGCGUGAAACGUGUGCCAGGAGUUUAUCGACACCUCGGAGGGACUGAAGACUUCUCUAACUUUGCACCGGAAACUGAAAGAUUCUCUUUCUCACACUGACAAGAUGUAGAGAAGAGGAUGCUGCAACAUCAGUCCCAGUGGACUGUCAAUGAACUUCAGAAUCAUCUGCAUUAAUCAGCACUGACGCCAUGGAGACAGACUCCGCCUAUAACCUGACUUCACCCAGUUUGUCAUUGUUGGACCAUAAUAUGACGAAUUCAUGUGACAACAUGUCCCACUCAACUUCGCAGUACCAGAAGAAAGUGAUCCCCACCUUCUACAGCCUCAUCUUCAUACUGGGUUUUCUUGGUAACAUGCUGGUGUUGUGCGUGUUGUAUCACAGUUCAGGCCGAAGGACCGUAGCCAACACUUAUCUGAUGAAUCUAGCCAUGUCAGACUUACUGUUCUUGAGCUCUUUGCCAUUCUGGGCUGUGUCUUAUUCACUGGAUUACAACUGGGUUUUUGGGAAGGUUAUGUGUAAGCUGUGUGGGGGUCUGGUCACGAUAAACGUCUAUGCUAGUAUAUUCUUCAUCACUUGUAUGAGUGUGGAUCGAUAUCACGCCAUUGUCUACCCCCUGCACUCUCAGAGCAGGAGGAGCAUAAACCAGGCCAGAUGUGUCAGUGGCAUCAUUUGGGUCGUUGCGGCUCUGACCACGUUGCCAACCGUUGUGUUCCGUGAAAUACACACUUUUCCCAGUAACGUCACGGCUUGUGUCAUUAACUACCCCAGCUCCAAGUGGCAAACUGGGUUAACUCUUGCGAAGAACACCCUUGGAUUCUUCUUGCCGUUUGUUGUCAUAGCAACCUGCUACAGCCGAAUCGCAGUGCACCUGUUGGCCACCCCGAACUACCUGGAACAAGACUCUGGUCGAUUGGUCCAUGUGUUGCGUUUGGUGGUCGCCGUGGUAUUGGCGUUUUUCUUUUGCUGGUUCCCAUUCCACGUGCUGGCGUUCCUCCAAGCUCUGGGAGAGCUGGGGGUGGAGUUUGAUUGUUGGGUGCUCCAAGUAACCAAUAAACUCCUGCCAUUCUUCCUCUGCCUUGGCUUUUCCAACCCUGCCAUAAACCCUUUCCUGUACUGUUUUGUGGGAAAUCACUUCCGAGAGAAGCUGUGGCAGCUUUAUGGGGAUAUGCUGACACAGAAAAGAGAUUCUAUCAGCACAAGACUGUCUUCCUUCUCCAGGAAACUAAGUGACUUCAAAGAAACCGUGCCUAUGGAGAUUCUUGAACAGCAGAACAGCCUAUAGUGAAAUCUAGUGAAGCUAUAUCCUUUAUAUGUCAAAGAUAUAAAGACAGGACCAUGUCAGCAUCAGUCAAGUGCUUUUCCAUGGCCUGCCACCUGUUCAGGAUGAUCAGUUCAGAUUAUGAUGUUGGUUGAUUAGAUAAUGUUAUUUUGCUGUUUUUCUAAUUAUGCAGGGGUUGUGAUUAGCCCCACCAUCUACAAAUAACAUUUGGUUACAUAAUAAUAUAUAGAAAUAUAGCACAAAUACUAUUCUUGUGUUGUUCAGACUCUAUCCAGGAUAAGGAACUCGCUGGUUUUCCUGCACAAAUCAUAGAUAAUUAAAAAAAAUGUUUUUGAAUAUAGCUGUAUAGUCUUAAUAUUUUGAUAACUGGUAAUAUCAGUGCUGUAAAUAACACUCAAAUGUUAGACAGUGUUAGACGUGUCUUUCUUUAUAUGGAUGAUAUCUGCCAGACAGACCAAAUUUCUGUCUUUAAGCUGUAAUAUAAAAAGUCACAGUAAUGUAACAUGAGCUGUUUAAAUUAUAAAUCAUUGUAAAUUGAAUUAUAAUUCUAUUAUAAUGGAGCAUCAUCAAUAAAUGAUGUUAACAAGUAAA